AUGGUCUAUAUCUAACGUUAGCAAGCUAGCUAACGGUAGAGUAGCUAAAUUCCGUAAACACAUGCUAGUUAGUUUUAACGCAAGCUGUAAUCUGACAGUAGCAAACUUGCUGUCCACUGGUUGCAACAUGGGACGUAAGAAACAGGACAAGUUUGUGCGCCCAGACAACAAAGGCAAAGAAAAAAGACAUAAGCUGAAGGGGAAAUCCUUAGAGGCCUUUACAGAUGAAAUGCACACUGCUUUUCAAGCCAGUUUUUACCCAGAGGAGGGCGCAGAGGCAUCUCAGGUGAAACUGCCUUGUCCACUUGCCAUGUGGGAGUUGGGUCACUGUGAUCCCAAACGUUGUACUGGCAGAAAGUUGGUACGCAAGGGCUUUGUACGCAACCUGCGCCUUAAUCAGAGAUUUAAUGGACUCAUACUGAGUCCAAUGGGCACAAAGUAUGUGACCCCAGCGGACAGAGAGAUUGUGGCCCAAAAUGGGUUAGCGGUGAUCGAUUGUUCCUGGGCUAAACUGGAGGAGACUCCCUUCAAUAAGAUGAUCGGAAGUCAUCCCAGGUUACUGCCAUACCUCGUAGCUGCAAACCCCGUCAACUACGGCAAGCCUUGCAAGUUAUCCUGUGUUGAGGCUUUUGCUGCCACAUUCUGCAUUGUUGGUUUUGAAGAACUUGCAAUGCUCUUGUUAAAUAAAUUCAAGUGGGGGAGAGUGUUCCUGGAUCUCAAUAAAGUUCUGCUGGACCGCUAUGCUGCAUGCCUGUCAGAGGAAGAACUGCUCUGUGUAGAAAAGGAGUAUCUCACGUCUAAACCAGAGGAGGAGGAGUUUGAUCCAUUUGAUGUUAACUCAGGAGUAGAAUGCAGGAAUCUCAACAGACGUCUGUGUGCACCUGAAGAAAAUGAUUCUAGUGAGGAUACGGACACCUCAGAGGAUAACGAAGAUGAAGAAAAGGAUGAAAAAACACAAUGCAACACUGAGUCAAGAACAGUCCCACAUCAUGAUGAAGAAGAAGAGGAACAAACUGCAUCAAAAUCAUCACAAUAAAGCAUACUA